AUGACAAUCCAAGAAAAUACAUUGCUUAAAUUUGUAACCACGGUUCCUUUUCUUCCCCAAAGAGACGACUUUCCAAACUCUCACGUGGCUCCUGGAAAUUUCACCCAAGUCACUGAGUUUAUUCUCACAGGAGUCUCAGACCAUCCAGACCUCCAGAUCCCACUCUUUUGUGUGUUCCUGGUCAUCUAUGGGCUGACCGUGGUGGGGAACCUGAGCAUCAUCACUCUCACCAGUGUGGAAGCCCGACUUCACACCCCCAUGUAUUUCUUCCUCCGGCAUUUGGCCAUCAUCAAUCUUGGCAAUUCUACUGUCAUUGCCCCUAAAAUGCUGAUCAACUUGUUAGUAAAGAAGCACGCCACCUCCUACUAUGAAUGUGCUGCCCAACUGGGAGUGUUCUUGGUUUUCAUUGUAGCUGAAAUUUUCAUGUUAGCUGUGAUGGCCUAUGACUGCUACGUGGCCAUUUGUAACCCCCUGUUCUACAUGGUGGUGGUGUCUCGGCGGAUCUGCCUCCCGCUGGUUUUCCUCACUUACCUUUAUAGCUUUUCAACCUGAAGUGUGGCUUCAUCUUCUGUAUUCUCUGUGGCUUAUUGCUCAUCCAAUGUAAUCAAUCAUUUUUACUGUGAUAUCGCCCCUCUGUUAGCAUUGUCCUGCUCUGAUACUUUCUUCCCAGAAACAGUAGUAUUUAUAUCUGCAGAGACAAAUUUGGUGGUUUCCAUACUUACAGUUCUCAUAUCUUAUUUCAACAUUGUGUUGUCCAUUCUAAGGAUAUGUUCAUCAGAAGGAAGGAAAAAAGCCUUUUCCACAUGUGCCUCACAUAUGAUGGCAGUGUCGGUGUUCUAUGGGACGAUGCUGUUCAUGUAUGUGCAGCCUCAAAAUAACCAUUCUACAGAUACUGAUGAAAUGGCUUCAGUGUUUUAUACACUGGUGAUUCCCAUGCUGAAUCCCAUGAUCUAUAGUCUGAGGAAUAAGGACGUGAAGGCUGCCUUAAAGAGAUUUCUAACAAAUUUGUGCUGUUCUUUUAAGUUGAUGUAA